AGAUCUGAAACAAAGUUCCCUCCAGUGACAACAGACCCCGUUACUUGGAAAGUACCCAACGUUUGGUUGAGGCGCCGCCUUGGAGUGGGAGCUCAGCAGUCAGCACACCACCACCCAACACUCUAUACUUAAAUAUCAACAAAAACCCAAAAACAAAGCCAUGCUCGCUCAUCUCAUCUCAUCAAACACCUUCCAUUUCACGUCAGUCCCUUUCUCUCUCUCUCUCUCUCUCUAUAAAUAUCACCACCACUACCAUUACUGCUACUCUACACCCCAUCACACACACACACACACACACAUAUAUAUAUAUAUAUCAACAAUUGUGCUUACACCACCAACACUUAUCCAAACAUACAUAUACUUGUGUCUGUGUGUAUACAUCAUAUAUUCAUCUGAUCAUCAUCAAGAAUCUUCUCUCUUUCUCAUCAUUAACUAAUGGGAGAGAACAAUUUCAACCUGCCACCCGGUUUCCGGUUUUACCCGACGGACGAGGAGCUGGUGGUCCAUUUCCUCCAGCGCAAGGCGGCGCUUCUGCCCUGCCAUCCAGAUGUCAUCCCAGAUCUUGAUCUUUAUCCCUAUGAUCCUUGGGACUUACAUGGUAAAGCAAUGGGUGAAGGAAACAAGUGGUACUUCUACAGCAGGAGGACGAAAAGCAGGGUGAGUGGGAGUGGGUACUGGCAGUCCAUUGGGGUGGAGGAACCCAUUUACUCUUCCACCAAUGGCCACAAUGUAAUUGGGUUGAAGAAAUACUCUGCAUUCUACAUUGGUGAGCCCUCAGGAUCACAAGCCGUCAAAACCAAUUGGAUAAUGCAGGAAUACAGGCUAUCCUCUGAUUCCACUUCAUCCACUAGGUCAUCCACCUCAUCAAGAAGAUCAAGAAAUUCUAAGAAUAUUAUUGACUAUAGCAAAUGGGUAAUUUGCCGAGUGUACGAGUACAACGACGAGGAUGAUGAUGGGGCAGAACUAUCAUGCUUGGAUGAAGUUUUCUUGUCGCUGGACGAUCUUGAUGAAAUCAGCUUGCCAAACUAGUUAGAAAAAAAAAAAUAGCUAGGAUCUAAUUAAAUAUAUGUUGUUAAUUAAUUGGCCUAGCUACUAGCUUACUAUAUAGUAGAAUUUUCAAAUA